AUGGCGGCCCCGGGGGGGACGGAGCCGGAGCGCGCCGCGGGGGGGUCCCCGGCCCAGGGGGGGUCCCCGGCCCAGGGGGGGUCCCCGGAACAGGAGGGAUUCUUCUCGCUGCUCAGCUCCGUGCAGGGCUCGCGCAUGGAGGAACAGCGCUGCACCCUGGGGGGGGUCCCCCCCCGGGCAGGGGGAGGGGACCCGCCGCCCCCCGAGCUGGCAUCGCUGCUGGACAUGGUGGCGAGCUCGCAGGGCCGCAGGAUGGACGAGCAGCGGCUGCCGGUGCCCAGACUGCCCGGCUUCGGUACCGGGGGCGCGCAG